AUGGUGACGAUUCGUUACGCCCUUGUGGCAUCCGCAGAGGGGGUUCCUUUAGCCGAUUUCCAGGCGGUGCCGAGCAUGCAUGCUGGAGGAGCUAAAAAGAUACUUGCGAACAUCAAAAGGCCUCUUGUUGAGAGGAAAUGUGUCACCUUCAACGGCUACUCCUACGACAUGCUGCCCCACAGGGACGGGACGGUGUACAUGUGCGUGACGGAGGAGUCUUGCAGUCGUGCAACCGCCUUGAAAUUUUUGGAAGUUGCUCGAAAGCACUGCAACUCUCGGAGUAAAAAUCCUGUUGUUCUGGCUGCCGAGUUAAGGAAGGAAGUGGAGAUGUUUAACGAUAAACUGAAUGCUAAAAUACGUGAUAUUCGUUCCGACGUUGAAAAGGUUCGGGGGGAAAUGAUCACAAAUGUCGAUAAACUGCUGGACCGUGCGGAUCGACUUGAUGCGCUAUUAUUACAGUCUUCUGCGCUGGAGGGAGAGUCCUCGGCAUUCCGACAGAACACAAGGACUCUGGAGCGCCAAUAUCUCUGUCACCGUAUUCUUAUCUAUGUAUUCAUUGCUUUCGUUGUGCUGGUUUUGCUUUUUGUCAUUGUUCUCGCUGCAUGUUCACGGGAUGGGGUCAACUUUAAUCGCUGCAAAAGAAAUUGA